AACCAUGGUCUACUACAUGGGAGUCCAGCGACAUAGCCAUUACGCUCACUGAUGGUCCCCAGAAGUUCAGUUUUAUACACGAUGAGUUAUAGGUGCUUUGAGACAUUUAAGAGCUAUAAAGAGGGAAGUAGAGAUCUAGAACUCACAGUUGAGGCCUUGGAGGGAGAUACAAUUUAAUGAGUCACCUAUAAAUAAGGGAUUAUUAAAGCUAUGUUCAUACAUGAAUGAAGAGGUCUUUGUAUAAAGUCAUGGAUACCUAACGAUCAGGGUAGAAGAAGAUGAACCUGCAAAGAAGAUCCAGGAGGAGUAUCCAGAAAGGGAAGAAAACCAGAGGAAGAGAUGCUGGAACCACGGGAGAAUGGCUCGGAUGAUCUGCCAGACUAUGAGCAUAUAGAUGAUGAAACUUUCCCUCCUUUCCCGCCUCCAGAGAGGGGAGCUGCUGAAGGAGCUGAUGCCGAUGAAGAAUCAGGGCGAAUACCUGUUCCUGUACCUCCAAAGAGAACAGUUAAAAGGAACAUACCCAAGCUGGAUGCACAGAGGUUAAUUUCAGAGAGAGGGCUUCCAGCCUUAAGGCAUGUGUUCGAAAAGGCAAAAUUCAAAGGUAAAGGUCACGAGGCUGAAGACUUGAAGAUGCUAAUCAGACACAUGGAGCACUGGGCACAUAGGCUAUUCCUCAAACUACAGUUUGAGGAUUUUAUUGACAGAGUUGAAUACCUGGGAAAUAAAAAGGAGGUCCAGACUUGUUUAAAACGAAUUCGACUUGAUCUCCCUAUUUUACAUGAAGAUUUUGUGAGCAAUAGUGAUGAGGUAGGGGAAAGUAAUGACCAUGAUGAUGUAGCUGCUACUGAAUUAGAUCCCUUCUUGACAACCUCAUCUGAAAGUGUGAAGUUUGCCUCUGAGUCGAGCAGGAGCCUAACCGAAGAGCAACAGCAAAGGAUUGAGAGAAAUAAACAGCUGGCCUUGGAGAGAAGGCAGGCAAAGCUUCUGAGUAAUAGUCAGUCCCAAGGAAAUGACACGUUCAUGAGCACCGAGGUAGAGACAGUGGAAGAGGUUAACCCUGGCAAGGAUCUAAAGGACUCGGGUGGAUUAAACGAAGACAUUUUAGACAGUUCACAUGAUGAUGUUCCUGCCGACACAGUGGGUGAAGAGGAAUUCAGAGUGGAGGAAACGGCACGGGGCCAGGCCUGUUAAGUGUCAGUAGUAACUUUGUGCUUCAUCCAGAAGCGGAUGAGGUGGGACAGUCCUCCACGAAGGGGAAAUGUAUCUGCAGGUUUGGGAUAAAUGUGUAUUUUCUCUGCUUUGCAGAUUCCUGUAUAAAGUCUUAACUUUAUUUAUAAUCACGGUAGUUUAGUCUAUUCUCAGCGCUGUGACUUGUUAAGUGUCCAGCAGCUAAUGAGCAGCACCUGCUGCGGUGUGUGUUGGUGCCUUGCUCUUCUAGUGUCGGCCAUGUUUUAAGGUGUAAACAUACAGCUCGUUGACUGUUAAUGCCCAUUUUUCAAAAGUGAAAAUAAAAAUGCUUUUACAAAUUA